AAAAUAAAAAUAAAAUCUAGCAUUAGCUGUUCGAGGUUACAAACAACAAAAAUGGCAUCGUUGAUUCUGGAGGACGGGACGACGUUUAGAGGCCGCCUUUUUGGCGCACACGUGUCGGUAUCGGGUGAAGUUGUGUUUCAGACGGGCAUGGUGGGAUACCCCGAGGCUCUCACUGACCCAUCAUACCACUGCCAGCUGCUGACCUUGACUUACCCGCUGAUUGGUAAUUACGGUGUGCCACAGGAUGAAGAUGGAGAAUUUGGACUGAGCAGGUGGUUCGAGUCAUCCAGGAUCCACGCCGCAGCUUUGAUUAUUGGAGAACUGUCGGAGAAUCCAAGUCACUGGAGUUCAGCGAGGUCACUGGACGACUGGCUCAAAGAGCAAGGUGUUCCUGGGUUGCAAGGCAUUGACACUCGCUGCCUGACCAAAAAGAUCAGAGAGAAGGGUACCAUGCUGGGGAAGCUGCUGGUUGAUGGGACUCCAGAGGCCAACGUUCCAUUUGACAAUCCUGAUGGGAGAAACCUGGUCCAGGAAGUCUCCAUGAAGGAGCCCAGAGUGUUCAACCCCAGCGGCACCCUGAGAAUCACAGUGGUGGACUGCGGCAUCAAGUACAACCAGAUCCGGUGCCUGGCUGAAAGAGGGGCCCGUGUUAACGUUGUACCCUGGGACCAUCCACUGGACACAGCAGAUUUUGAUGGCCUGUUCAUCAGUAAUGGCCCCGGGGACCCUCAGCUGUGUCAAACCACCAUAAACAACCUGAGGAAAACAGUCUGUGUGGAUCAUCCCAAACCAGUUUUUGGUAUUUGCCUUGGACACCAGCUCCUCUCCUUAGUGAUUGGAGCAAAGACCUACAAAAUGAAGUAUGGUAACCGUGGCCACAACCAGCCGUGUAUCCAUAAGGGAACAGACCGCUGCUUCAUCACCAGUCAGAACCAUGGCUUUGCUGUCGACCCUCAGACCUUACCAGCAGACUGGGACGUCCUGUUUACCAAUGCGAAUGACCACACUAAUGAGGGCAUUGUGCACAAAACACACCCAUUGUUCAGUGUGCAGUUCCACCCGGAGCAUAAGGCUGGACCCACAGACCUGGUCAACUUGUUUAACGUCUUCCUCGACACUGUCAGAGACCACAAAGACGGCAACACGUUAAUAUCUGUGAAGCAGCGCCUGAUGGACCAUCUCACGUUCACGGAUGCUCCAAAGCCUGAAGAUGCUUUUAAACCCAAGAAGGUCCUCAUCCUGGGCUCUGGAGGAUUGUCCAUUGGGCAGGCUGGGGAGUUUGAUUACUCUGGCUCACAGGCCAUUAAGGCUCUAAAGGAAGAGAAUAUCCAGACUGUUUUGAUCAACCCCAACAUUGCCACCGUGCAGACCUCCAAAGGUCUGGCUGACAAAGUCUACUUCCUGCCUAUUACACCAGAUUAUGUCACUCAGGUGAUUAAGAAUGAGCGCCCUAACGGCGUGCUGCUCACCUUUGGUGGUCAGACCGCUCUGAACUGUGGCGUGGAGCUGACAAAGCUCGGCAUCUUGGAGAAGUACAAUGUUCGGGUGCUGGGAACGCCUGUGGCCUCCAUCGAGAUGACUGAGGACAGGAAGGUCUUCGUGGAGAAAAUGGAAGAGAUUAACGAACAUGUGGCUCCAAGUGAAGCAGCAUGUUCUGUGGAACAGGCGGUAGCGGCUGCAGAACGUUUGGGCUACCCAGUCCUUGUCCGUUCAGCAUUCGCCUUGGGAGGUCUGGGCUCCGGCUUUGCCAACAACCGGGAGGAGCUGACCGCUCUCGUGACCUCAGCGUUUGCACACACCUCCCAGGUACUGGUCGACAAAUCUCUGAAAGGCUGGAAGGAGAUCGAGUACGAGGUGGUCCGCGAUGCCUACGACAACUGUGUUACUGUGUGUAACAUGGAGAAUAUUGACCCUCUGGGCAUCCAUACUGGGGAAUCGAUCGUAGUGGCGCCCAGUCAGACGCUAAAUGACCAUGAGUACAACAUGCUGAGGGACACAGCCAUCAAAGUCAUCAGGCACCUCGGCAUCGUGGGAGAGUGUAACAUUCAGUACGCACUUAACCCCGAGUCAGAUCAGUACUACAUCAUUGAGGUGAAUGCCCGUCUGUCACGAAGUUCGGCCCUGGCGAGUAAGGCGACUGGCUAUCCUUUAGCCUAUGUAGCAGCAAAGCUUGGCCUGGGAAUCCCACUGCCGUUACUGAAGAACUCUGUUACAAACGUAACCACAGCGAACUUUGAGCCCAGUUUGGACUAUUGUGUGGUGAAGGUUCCUCGCUGGGAUCUCAGCAAGUUUCUACGGGUUUCCACCAAGAUAGGCAGCUCCAUGAAGAGUGUUGGUGAGGUGAUGGCGAUUGGCCGCAGCUUUGAGGAAGCCUUCCAGAAGGCUCUGAGGAUGGUGGAUGAGAACUGUGCAGGAUUUGACCACAACAUCAAGCCUGUUUCUGAGAAGGAGUUGCAGACUCCUACGGACAAGCGUAUCUUUGUGUUGGCGGCAGCGCUCAAAGCCGGCUACACUGUGGACCAGCUAUACCAGCUUACCAAGAUUGACCGGUGGUUCCUGCACAAAAUGAGGAACAUCAUUGAGCACGGGCACCUGCUGGAGACGUACAACCAGGAUGAGAGUGCCAUGCCCCCAGAGGUGAUGCGUAAGGCGAAGCAGCUGGGUUUUUCAGACAAGCAGAUAGCAUUAGCUGUGCAGAGCACAGAGUUGGCGGUGAGAAAGCUGCGUCAUGAUUGGUCCAUCUUGCCUGUAGUGAAGCAGAUAGAUACGGUGGCAGCGGAAUGGCCCUCCCAAACUAACUACCUGUACUUGACCUACCACGGCACUGAAAACGAUCUGGACUUCACCGAUCAGCACGUCAUGGUGAUUGGUUCUGGCGUCUAUCGCAUUGGCAGCAGCGUGGAGUUUGAUUGGUGUGCAGUCGGUUGCAUCACUGAACUCAGGAAGAUGGGUUAUAAGACCAUCAUGGUGAACUACAACCCUGAAACUGUGAGCACUGACUAUGACAUGUGCGACCGCCUUUACUUUGAUGAGAUCUCCUUUGAGGUGGUGAUGGACAUCUACGAGAAGGAAAACCCAGAAGGCGUGAUCCUGUCCAUGGGCGGCCAGCUGCCCAACAACAUUGCCAUGUCGCUACACCGGCAGCAGUGUCGCAUUUUGGGAACGUCACCUGAAUUCAUCGACUGUGCGGAAAACAGGUUCAAGUUUUCCCGCAUGUUGGACACCAUUGGCAUCAGUCAGCCGCAGUGGAAAGAACUUUCUGACACUGAGUCUGCUGUGACGUUUUGUGAGACAGUUGGUUAUCCCUGCCUCGUUCGUCCUUCUUACGUACUCAGUGGCGCCGCUAUGAAUGUGGCCUACGGUGACAACGACCUCGAGAAAUACCUGAGCAACGCAGCGGCCGUGUCCAAGGAACAUCCAGUCGUCAUCUCCAAAUUCAUCCAAGAAGCAAAGGAGAUUGACGUGGAUGUUGUAGCGUGUGAUGGAGUGGUGAUAGCAAUUGCUGUUUCUGAACACGUGGAGAACGCUGGCGUUCAUUCCGGCGAUGCCACCCUGGUCACACCACCGCAGGACCUCAAUCAGACCACCAUAGAGAAGAUCAAGAGGAUUGUCCAUGCUAUUGGUGCAGAGUUGCAGGUCACUGGACCUUUCAACCUGCAGCUUAUUGCAAAGGAUGAUCAGCUGAAGGUGAUCGAGUGUAACGUCCGAGUGUCUCGCUCCUUCCCCUUCGUGUCUAAAACACUGGGUGUGGACCUUGUUGCUCUGGCGACGCAGGCCAUUAUGGGGGAGGUAGUGGACACUGUCGGUCUGAUGUUGGGAAAAGGCAUUGUGGGAGUCAAGGUUCCCCAGUUUUCAUUUUCUCGGCUUGCUGGUGCUGAUGUGGUUCUGGGGGUGGAGAUGACCAGCACCGGAGAGGUGGCCUGUUUUGGAGAGAACCGAUAUGAAGCUUACCUCAAAGCCAUGUUAUCAACAGGAUUCAAGAUCCCCAAGAAGAACAUCCUGCUCUCCAUUGGUAGUUACAAGAACAAAAGUGAGCUGCUGCCCACUGUGCAGGCGUUGGAGUCUCUGGGCUAUGACCUGUAUGCCAGUCUGGGUACUGCAGAUUUCUACACGGAACAUGGAGUCAAGGUAACGGCAGUAGAUUGGCCAUUUGAGGAGGAUUACAGUGAAUGUCCCACCAAGGAGAAGCAGCGCAGCAUCAUGAACUACCUUGAAGAAAACCACUUUGACCUGGUCAUCAACCUCUCCAUGAGGAACAGUGGCGGUCGCAGGCUGUCCUCCUUUGUUACUAAAGGCUACAGGACGAGACGCAUGGCCAUCGACUUCUCCGUCCCGCUCAUCAUCGAUAUCAAGUGCACAAAACUCUUUGUUCAGGCUCUCCGUCAGAUCGGUCGUCCACCGGUGAAGACUCACAUUGACAGCAUGACGUCACAGACUCUGGUCCGUCUGCCUGGUCUGAUCGACGUCCACGUGCAUUUGCGGGAGCCUGGUGCCACGUAUAAGGAGGACUUCUCUUCUGGAACAGCAAGCUGCUCUGGCAGGAGGCGUGACUAUGUGUGCGCUAUGCCCAACACGUCGCCGGCAAUCACUGACCCCAGUUCUCUGGCCAUGGUCCAGAAGGUACAGCUUACUUUCUCUGCUAAGGCGGGAUGCCGCUGCGACUAUGCCCUGUAUGUUGGCGCUGCUUCAGAAACGCCUCCAUCCUGCCAUCGUUGCUGGGCAGACUGCAGGCCUCAGAUGUACCUGAACGACACCUACUCCACCCUCAAAAUGGACAGUGUUUCCCUCUGGAUGGAGCACUUUGAGAAGUGGCCAAAGCAGAUGCCCAUAGUCGCCCACGCUGAGAGGCAGACGGUGGCUGCGAUCCUGAUGGUGGCGCAACUCUACCAGCGUCCCGUCCACAUCUGCCACGUGGCCAAGAAGGAGGAGAUCCUGAUCAUCCGAGCUGCUAAACAGAAAGGCAUCCAGGUAACAUGCGAGGUGGCACCUCAUCACCUCUUCCUGUGUGAUGAAGAUGUGGCAGCCAUCGGCGAAGGACGAGUACAAGUACGACCCAUGUUAGGAACCCUAGAGGACAUGGAAGCUCUGUGGGAAAACCUGGACAUCAUCGACUGCUUUGCCACAGACCACGCACCCCACUCUGUGGAGGAGAAGAACGCUGAACAUCCUCCUCCAGGUUAUCCUGGUCUGGAGACCAUGUUGCCUCUGCUGCUCACUGCCGUCAGCGACGGCCGACUGACUUUGGACGAUAUUAUCAAACGUCUUUAUGACAACCCGCGCAAGAUCUUUAACUUGCCCGUCCAGGAAAACACGUAUGUGGAGGUGGACUUGGAGCAGGAGUGGGUUAUUCCUCAGUCCAUGCAGUUCACAAAGUCCAAGUGGACGCCUUUCCAAGGCAUGAAGAUGAAGGGCAAAGUCCGCCGUGUGGUUCUACGAGGAGAAGUGGCCUACAUCGAUGGCCAGGUGUUGGUGCCUCCAGGUUACGGAGAAGAUGUGAAGUCGUGGCCCAGUGCUUCCGUCCACCUCAACGAAUCGGCUAAAGGCAGCCCGAGGACUCCAGAGGGCUCACGUCCAACUCCUCCAAGGGAAUCCUCCAUCCGCGCGCGAGCAGCCAGUCCCCGACGUGCAGCAAGUGAAACCAGAUUCCUCCUGCCGCCCCGCAUCCAUCGGUCCUCCGACCCCGGUCUGCCGCCAGAAAUGAUGUUGAUUUCGGCGCAGGGAGCAGCUGAUGUUUACAGCCAUCCUCCCCCUCUGUCCAGGCUGCUGUCCCCCCAGUCAGUACCUGGACCUGUACCACUCGGACAGUUCUCCCACCCUCAGAUGUCUCCCUUUCUUCAGUCACUGGCGGGUCAACAUAUCCUGUCUGUCAGCCAGUUCAGCAAAGAGCAGAUCUCUCACCUUUUCAACAUUGCCCACACAUUUCGUUUGCUGGUUCAAAAGGAACGAAGUCUGGAUAUACUGAAGGGCAAAGUGAUGGCGUCCAUGUUCUACGAGGUCAGCACUCGUACCUGCAGCUCCUUUGCUGCAGCCAUGCAGCGACUGGGCGGCUCAGUCAUUCACUUCAGUGAGUCCACAUCGUCCUCACAAAAAGGAGAAUCGCUGGCCGACUCGGUCCAGACCAUGAAUUGCUACGCCGACGUGCUGGUGCUCCGCCACCCGACCCCCGGCGCCGUAGAGACUGCGUCUCGUCACUGCCGUAAGCCGGUGAUCAACGCCGGAGACGGUGUGGGUGAGCACCCGACCCAAGCCCUGCUGGAUGUCUUCACCAUCAGAGAGGAGCUGGGGACGGUCAACGGCAUGACGAUAACGAUGGUUGGAGAUUUGAAACACGGCCGCACAGUUCACUCUCUUGCCAAACUGCUGACUCAGUACCCGCAUCACGCUGCGCUACGUGGCUCCCAAAACCUUCACAUGCCAACAGAGAUCAUCAACUAUGUGGCCUCCAGGGGCAUCAAGCAGGAGGAAUUUGAGAGCAUUGAGGAAGCACUACCCGAGACCGACAUUCUCUACAUGACCAGGAUCCAGAAGGAGAGAUUCGCUUCUGAGAAGAGUACAACGCCGUACGUAACCUCUUUUGGUCAGUUCAUCCUCACCCCUCACAUCAUGACCGCCGCCAAAAAGAAGAUGGUGGUAAUGCAUCCGCUGCCGAGGGUCAAUGAAAUCAGCACGGAGGUGGACUCUGACCCCAGAGCGGCGUAUUUCCGUCAGGCGGAGAACGGCAUGUACAUUCGAAUGGCCCUGCUGGCCACCGUACUGGGCAGAUAGAGCCAGACGCCUUCUCAUUGGGUGAGCUCACGGGACCAGCGCCACCUGCAGGUUCUGUCUGGAAAUGACCGAUCCACACUCUAGCUUCACAUUUUUACCGAUGGUUUCAGUUUUUCAUUAUUUUUCUGUCUUCGUCAUCCGUGUGCAGGGAUUCUUAGCUCCAGAAUUUACUUUUGCUCAUUUUUCAUCUGCAGUACAGUAGUUCUUUAAGACAUCUGUAUUUUCUGCUAUAAACCUGUUAGAUGUUGCUUCAUUCAGCUGAUUAACUGUCGUCUGUAAUCAUGAAUAUGUUUGAGGUGAUGAACAGAUCAACUGUAACUGAAAGAUCAGGAACUCACUCUUCACAGGGUACCAAGUCGGACCAGAAAAGGGAAACCAGAACAUUAGUUCAUGUCACUUCGAGUCCAUCGAGUUCACAUAAUGCUGUUUUCAUCUGUAAGGAUUUUUUUUUUACGAACCAUGAACUGAGAAGGACCUAAAUGUCUGUUUACGCCUGGUUUUGUCCAGUUGGAUGAACUCGUUUCGCUUCAUUAGUAAUUUUUUAAAAUGACUGUAAUUGUGCAGGAAACAUCUUUUAUCUAAAUACUAAUGUGUGUCUGUUAAAUGUUGUUGAUACUUUAUUAUCUGGAGAAAUAAACUUU